AGCAUCUGCUCCGUUCCCUCCCCCUCUCCAAGAGAAGCCAGGGAACACAACUCCCGGGCACCCCCAUUUCGGUGCCCUCGGCACCCUCUUUCUCCCGCCCCAAGCCGAGGAAAUGAUUUUUUCCCAUGAACUGAGUCCCGGUCCCGUGUCCGUGGUGAGCCUGGAACAGGAGGAGAGGAGGCAGGCUUGGGUCCCCAUGGGCUAGGACAGGGACGAGGAGAAGUUGUGGCGUGGAGAUAGGGGGCUCGGUGGCUCCGGAGGUCUCGGGGUCCGCUUCGUUGUGCUUGCCUUCUGUGAACGACUGGGCUUGGACGCACAAGUCCAGCUUCAGCUGGCCGAAGCGGAGCGGCAGGGGUACAGCUCUGUUGGGCUAUAAUAGUGGGCGGCGAGCUCGGGUUGGUGAGGAAAUCUCGGUCCCCGGCAGCCGCCGCUGCCCCUUUGAUGUUUUGGUACGCCGUGCGCAUGCGCUCCACAUUAGAAUUACUGCGCUGGGUAGACUAAGUUGGAUCUCCUCUCUUCAGUGAAUCCCUCAAUCCCAUCAAAAACUAAAGGGAUGUGGAGAGUCCGGAAAAGGGGCUACUUUGGGAUUUGGUCAUUUCCCUUAAUAAUCGCCGCUGUCUGUGCUCAGAGUGUCAAUGACCCUAGUAAUAUGUCGCUGGUUAAAGAGACGGUGGACAGACUGUUGAAAGGCUAUGACAUUCGUCUGAGACCAGAUUUUGGAGGUCCCCCUGUGGCCGUGGGAAUGAACAUUGAUAUUGCCAGCAUUGAUAUGGUGUCUGAAGUCAAUAUGGACUAUACGUUGACCAUGUAUUUUCAGCAAGCCUGGAGAGAUAAGAGGCUGUCCUACAACGUAAUCCCUUUAAACUUGACUUUGGACAAUCGAGUCGCAGACCAGCUCUGGGUGCCUGACACCUACUUCCUGAAUGAUAAGAAGUCAUUUGUACAUGGAGUGACUGUCAAAAACCGUAUGAUACGGCUGCACCCAGACGGCACUGUCCUGUACGGCCUCAGGAUCACAACUACGGCUGCCUGCAUGAUGGAUCUAAGGCGGUACCCACUGGAUGAACAAAACUGCACCUUGGAGAUUGAAAGCUAUGGCUAUACAACUGACGACAUUGAGUUUUACUGGCGUGGCGAUGAUAACGCAGUCACGGGAGUGACAAAGAUCGAGCUUCCUCAGUUUUCCAUCGUAGAUUAUAAACUCAUCACCAAGAAGGUGGUUUUCUCCACAGGUUCUUACCCCAGAUUGUCCCUUAGCUUUAAGCUGAAGAGAAACAUUGGCUACUUCAUCCUGCAGACAUACAUGCCGUCCAUUCUGAUCACCAUCCUCUCCUGGGUCUCCUUCUGGAUUAACUACGAUGCUUCUGCCGCAAGAGUUGCAUUAGGUAUUACAACUGUCCUAACAAUGACCACAAUCAACACCCACCUCAGGGAGACUCUCCCUAAAAUCCCAUAUGUCAAAGCCAUCGACAUGUACCUCAUGGGGUGUUUUGUCUUUGUCUUCAUGGCCCUUUUGGAAUAUGCUUUGGUCAACUACAUCUUCUUUGGGAGAGGACCCCAGCGCCAAAAGAAAGCAGCUGAGAAAGCUGCUAAUGCCAACAAUGAGAAGAUGCGCCUGGAUGUCAACAAGAUGGACCCUCAUGAGAACAUCUUACUCAGUACUCUUGAGAUAAAAAAUGAGAUGGCCACUUCAGAAGCAGUAAUGGGACUUGGAGACCCCAGGAGCACAAUGCUUGCCUAUGACGCUUCCAGCAUCCAGUAUCGAAAAGCCGGGUUGCCCAGACACAGUUUUGGCCGAAAUGCUCUGGAGCGACACGUGGCACAAAAGAAGAGUCGCCUGAGGAGACGUGCCUCUCAACUGAAAAUCACCAUCCCCGACUUGACUGAUGUGAAUGCCAUAGAUCGGUGGUCCCGCAUUUUUUUCCCAGUGGUGUUUUCCUUCUUCAACAUCGUCUAUUGGCUUUAUUAUGUGAACUAAACUACAGCCUCCCAUGGGAAGCAAAGACUAGAUCCCACCUCAAACAGUUGUACAGCCUGAUGUAGGACUUGGAAAACACUUCAAUUCAGGACAAAAGUGAUGUUAAAAUACCUUAGUUGCUGGCCUAUCCUGUGGUCCAUUUCAUACCAUUUGGGUUGCUUCUACUAAGUCAUGAAUACACUGAGGUCCUUGUGGUUUUCCGGUUAUGAUGCAAAUGGUUUGUACACAUGCUGGCAAGAUCAAGUGUGACGUGUUCCACUUUAACAGUUUAGUACACAGCCUACUCAGAGGGUUAUUAUCUAGAUUCUAGAAGAUGUUAGAAAGCGCAAUAGCAUUGGUUUCCAAACGCUCUCCAUCAUUGUUCCUAAGGUUGGCAUGCUGUUGGGACAGCACUGUGCUUACGAAACAUUAUCUGCAACAAUGCAAACAUGCUACUUCAUCAUGGUCAGUGAGGUCUGUGCCAGAUGAAAAUGGUGUCAUGGAGAGGUGAUUCUCGAGGGUCAAAUAGAUUCUCGUGCAUUUUGAGCACAAAGUAGAGAGGUGGGCCAAAGCUUCAAAGAAGAGACUCAGGAAACCAAUUCCUCUGCAUGUCUUUUAACUGGGCAUUAGAGAGAGGCAGAUUCCUGAGCAGACCAUGCCUAGCAGCCAAAGUUUAUGUUUUGCCCAAAAGCUAUUUCCUAGGUGGUGAAAACAAGAGUUAAUGGCACAGAGCAGGAUCAAAAAUUUAGAAAUGACUGUGGCUAAGAGAAAGUAAAACAAACAAGCCUGGCUCUUAUCAGUGCUACACAGGAUCUGGAGUGGACACAGCGCCGAGCAGUGAAGAGGAGAAUGAGAAGGAUUGAUUGACCAACUUCAUAAGCUUAGCAUACAUAAGGAGGAUUUAAAAAAAUCAUUUAUCUAAUCAAAAAGUAGCUAUCAAAUAAAAGAGUGAAGGGAAUUAAAAGUACCUUGAUGGCUUAGACUGACAAUUGUUCUAAGAGUCAAAUACAGAGCACAGAUGUCAGUGUCAGCUUCCCCUACAAUGUCUUCCUAUAAAUUUAUUUAUGAACUGAGUAUAGCAUUUCCAAAAAGAGAGAAUUUGUUCUUUGCCCCAAAGGGUUAAUCAUCAUUUUCAGCUUUUCUUGCUUUCAGAAUUCUCAUUUUACACUUAGGAGACAGACCUGGUGAAAGCUUUGCUGAGACCACAUGUACUGGGUUUUCUCAUGUGCCAUGAGGUUCAUCUUUGUAUUCUCCAAGGCAUGUAUAUGCACAAAUAGAAUCAAUGGAGUUUGGUAAUGUAAAGGGUGCUUACAUUGUAUAUAUUGCAAUUAACUUCAUCAAGCAAGACAUGAAAACCUAUGGACAAUGGGAUUAGAACAAACAUGUGGCAAGCGUUGCACUCACGGUUGGUGUUACAGAAGUGUAGAUAACCGACAAGUGGCUGGUGUGAUGUAUUGUCUUUAUUCUACUUUUCAAGUUAUGUCAUGGCACAUCUUUCUAUAUCAAACACACACAUUCAUAUCCUAGACAGAAAAGAGACUAGGUUGAUAUAUUUUAUUUUUUGUCACUGUGUGAAUGGGGGGAUUCUAUUUAGCUUUUGCCUAUAGAAAAUGCUGAAUUACUACAUUUUCUAUAAGUUUGACUCUGAUUGACUUUUUCCUCAGAGGAUGACUUUGCUAUUUCUAUUUUUUAAAACAAUCAAUAAAAAAUUCUGUCUUCAGAGUAGGGUCCCUGGUAAGUAUAUAGGAGUCAAGGCUAGUAUCAUUCUUCAGAUGAAUCUUCCCCACCGGGAUUCAAAACCUUGGAAUAUUAAGCAUUAAUGUGUGCUUCUAGUCCAACAAUUAGAGAGAAACAAGAAAAAGAAAAAAAGUUUAUCAUUUAUUUUCCGAAUUUCCACAAAGGUGGGUUGGGAGGUUUUUGCUCCAUUUUUUUUUUUUUUCUCAAUCAGUGUUGGGAUGUCUGGCUCCUGUGCUUUUAUUACGUACUUGAACACUUUUGAGUUACAGGACUACAGAUCUGACCAAGGAUCUCCAUACGUGCUCAGAGUAAUGGUUCUUCAAGUUUCUCCAGGGCUUUCUCCUACACAAUCAUUUCUGGGGAUCACAGUAAUAAAAGUGCCUAUCCCUUGUCACCAAGGGUGAAGUCUGCAUAGAAAACAGCAGGAAGAAGCAUAACAAUAAACUCAGGGGCACACCUGUGACACGCCAUUCUGAAAAGAUUUUUCUAAAGACAAUUCAGAGCCUAAGUCUAGGCUCCCAUUUGCAAUUUCCAUAAAAGCCAUAAUAAAUCCUUGAUGUUGUCAUUUGUGAUUAUAACAAAAUCUUAGAUGUCCAGGGAAGUCAACCACACAAUUCAGAUCAAAAUGGAGGGAAGGUGCCUCAAAGGGUGGGCUUCCCUUGCUUGUGACCAGGAAACACAUUUCUGCUCUAACUAUCGUAGAGAAAGGAUGGGAUCUUGGAACCAACGCCCUAGAGUGAAACCAUAUGUUGGCAUUCUAUAACUAUGUAGGUAGAAAACACUGAUUCAUCCUGCCCAGGAAUAGCGGUCCACGUCAAAUUUAUUUUUAAGCCACAUAUUUAGUUGAAUUAGAAUGCAAGAAAGGGUGCUAGGUCUGAUGAAUCUGGGAAAACCAAUUAGUUUGUUACCCAGUAAUUAAACUAAAGGACCACCAAGGUGUGUUUUGGCAAUCUUGAAAUGGUAUUACUAUCAGUUCAUACAUAUGUAUAGUUUUUUUUUUCUUUUUAUUAUAUAGUAGCCAGAUAGCCAGCAAUUAAGGUGUUUUUUUUUCAUCUUUAAGAAAUUAGUAGGCAAAUUCUGACUCUCAAAUGCACAGUCUAAACAAAAUCUCUGAUCUCAAUCUGUAUAUAUAUAUAUUGUACAUGACUGCUUGUAGGUAUGAAAUGCACUUCCGAAUUGAAAUCUCAUGCAACAUACUCAUGUGUUUGCAUAGGAAUGUUACAAUUAUUUCUACUGCAAUUUAACAACAGAGGAUAGGACUCAAGCAGUGUCAUUUAGUCCUUCUGUCUCUCCAUUUCGACAAGAGCACUGCUAAGUAAAAUAAUAACAAUGAUAACAAUAAUGAUUUUUUUAAAACCAAAAGACACUACAUUCUAGCAUUAGGACCACACACAGAAAUGAUCUGUCAGCUUCCAAAAGCACAAGACAUCACAAAAGUGCAGUGGAAUAUCUAAUGGAGAAACAAAUCACAGUUGUUUUAAGCAAGACCUGCUUUAAAUUGGCAACUACAACCAUUUCCAUUUUCUGUAGGUCACUGUGUUUCAGUCUUACGGCUAAAUUCAUGUUCAAAGACAAAAACAAACAAAAAAACAAAAAACAAAAACCUGAAAACAAACACAGGUCUUAUAGCAUAUCUACACGUGUAUAUGUGUAUAUAGAAAUCCAUGUAAACACACAUGCAUAUGUAUGCAUUCAUAUGUCAGAAACAAAAGGAACAAGCUAAUGAGUUGUUUCUUUCAUUGAGCCUGUAUAUGAGGUUAUUUUUUUUCCUCUCUCUCUUAAUUUGGCAACCCACAGUCACCAUCCUAAAAUAAGUAAUACAGGGUACUGAACAUCUUUCUCAGCAAACCAAUGCCUACAGUUCCUAAGAUCAUUGCGCACUCUGACACUACAAUAUUACCGUACCUCAGAAUAUCAGACGUUAACUAGUUUCUGCAUCGCUUGUCCGAUGUCCAUUUGCUCUCUUUUUCAGGACACAGAUAACAUUGUCCAUUGGUGAUUGAAAAUUAAAAAAAAAAAGAAAAAUUCCUCUUGGGAGGAGAAAAAAAACACACAAAACUCUAACCCUCACCAUGUUGGUUAGGGAAAUUUACAACUGUAGCAGUCAUGCCAUUUUGCUAAGUGUACAGAGUCUGUUAUGUAAGCAACCAUUACUUUCACUGAGUGUGUGUAAAUAUUUAAACAGAUUUCUUAAAUAUUUUUAACUUCUAAUUUGUAUUUUACGGUAAGGCAACAUACUUAUUCUGUUUAUGGCUUACAUUGACGUGCUACAUUAUGUACAUAAUUAAAGAUGCUGUAAAUUAAUAGUCAAUAGAUACAAAUAAUUGCUUAGGGUCUUUGUCUUAAUUUUAUCUAUUCAUUUUUUACUAAGUAUGUUUACUGGAGUGCCCCAGCAGAGUAAUUUAAACACCCUUUUACAUAAAUUAUUUGGAAUCCCAGACAGAAGGGUUUCCAUUGCUAUCUCUCACAUAUAGGUAUGAAUAUAUACACAACACACACACACACACACACACACACAUGCACACACAUACUCACAAAACAUCUUCUCCUCCCUGUUUUUUUUUUUUUUUUACUCCCAUUUUCUCACUCUCAGUGGGAAAUGGAGCAUUGUUUUGGCAUCAUACUAACAAUCGAGAGAUGCUUUAGAAAUGGCAAAUAUUGAAAAAAAAGGAGAAGUAGUUAGAGUUAACUUAAUAGUUUUUCUAUGCUAGAGUAAAAGAAGCCAAAGUUUGCAAACUGUAGCUACUCCCCAAAACUAGAGGUUUAUUGCAGCACUGCAGAUAACAAGAAUGUUUAUUCAUACCAGCUCCAGAAAUUUGUUACAUGCAUGCUAGAAGAGUUUUUUUUUAAUAUAUAGUAGCAUUUUGUCUUUAGAUAGUAUUAUUCCUUUCAACCAAAGACUCCAGAAUUAUUUUUCAAAAGGACAGAAAAAAAAGAAAGAAGAGAGGAAAUGGAAAAAGUACACUGCUUUACACCAAAGUUUAAAUAAUUUUCCAAAUGCAGUAGGAAGAUGGUUUUAAAAUACAGAGAGGAGUCAAUAGAGAGUAAAUUCAGAUGCUGCCCUGAGCAAAUUAUUGUUUGUUUGUGUGUUUGUUUGUUUUUAAGUUGGAAAAAUAUAAACCUGUACCCUUGUAUAGCUUCAGUUUCUAGAAAUUCAUUGAGAACAUUUCUCCAGAUAUGUGCAAGAUUUUGACAUCAAUUUUUAAUUUCAUUUAAGAAGUAUUUUUGUGAUAAACAUCCAAAAUGAUGAAAAACAAAAGUUUAUUUUGAGUUCUAAAGCAAAAUGCCACUCCCUGUGACACCACCUUACCUCUGAUUCUACCCCUCUGUCCUUGCACCAUUUGACUCAAGUCGACAUUUCCAUCAGCUUGCAUUCUUUGCCAUUUCAUAUUUUCGUUCAUUGACUAAGAGUCCAACCACAUUCAUUUUCAACUUAAUUCAUUCAAACGAAGUUGCCUUUGAUUUAAAUUCCAUGUCACUUACAAUUUUUCUUUGCAUGGGUGUUUAAAUAGUUCUGUUAUGGAAUUGUUCCUGCUUAGUUCCGAACUGUCCUUUUAUAUAUAAAAAUAAAAAAAUGAUGUUCUAGUUUCUUCACAAUGUAGUGAUUAUCAGCCUUACAAUGACCUUGUAGCCUUUCUGAACACACAUCAUGCUCACUCCCCAGCGGCUAGAAAAUGCGAAGCACUAGCGGGAUUCAAUGCAUCAUUUUUUCACAUCUUUCUAAAAACAGGACUUCUAAAAUCUCUGGGAUACAUGCGGUAAUAAAAACAAAAGACGUUUAUCAAUGAAUAGCACAUAAGAAUUAUUUUCAUGAAUUUCAACUUAUUGCAGCCAGUUUCAGCAUGUAAAUAUAUAAUGUUGGCUAGUGUGUAAUUCUUGAGCUAAGAAAUAUAAAUAAAAAUUAAAAGUUC